UUGUAUUUAAGCUCGUAAUGGUGGUAUAAACAAACCCAGGUACCAUAAGCCGGCGUGCUGUUAAAAUGGUGUUAGUGGUUAAUUGAACGCAUGUAACUAAAUAUUAGCAACACCCUGAACAAUAUAGAAAUCAUGAACCCUAGCACAGAGCAACCAGGAGAGGAGAAGAGUGAAGAAAAGUGGGGCUUUGAUUUGUAUCCUGAGAGACGAGGGGAAAAAUAUAAACCAUCAUUGACAAAAAUAGCUCUUCUAGGGGAGGGGCGAGAGCAAUCUCAAAAGAUCAAGUGUGAGAAGAAUGUGUGGUAUUGUGCCAAGAGCAGUCCUCUUGUAAAGCUGAUGCUGGCAGCCCUUAAAUCAUCUGGCUGUGAAGUGGAUCUGACGAGACAUGUGUCCUGUGAGGUGUGCGAUGUAUCUGUCAGUGGAGGAUAUGACUCAGAGUUAAACCAGGUAGUAGUUUGCCAGAAUGUAGCACGCACAGAAGGUCUGACUCAGGGGGUGCUCACACAUGAGUUAAUUCACAUGUUUGACUACUGCCGCAACAAACUUGAUUUCAAGAACAUUGACCACUUGGCCUGCACAGAAGUUAGAGCUGCCAAUUUGGCUCAUUGUUCCUUCCUGUCAGCUGUCGCACAGGGUGAUGCCUCUCCAUUCCAUAUUGCCAAGGCCCAUCAGGACUGUGUGAAGACCAAGGCCAUGUACUCAGUGAAAUGUACCCGUAAUGUGACCCUGACGGAAGCAAAGGCGGCAGUGGAUCGAGUGUUUGACCGCUGCUACAAUGAUUUGGAACCCAUUGGCCGCCGCCUGCGCAGAAAUUCCCCAGACAUGCACAAGGCCUACAAGGAGCGCUUCAUCUACGGCUAUGACUAAUGACUCUAUGAGCUAGUUCAGAUAUUUGAGAAUUACCAUAUUUUCCAGCAUGUAAAGUAAAUAAAAGUAAAGUGAAAGUAAAAUUUGAAUUUUGGCAGGUCUAAUCUGGAAUUUUUUUUUUCUUUUUUUUAAUGCUGCUAACCUGAAAUACUCCAGCAAGUAUCUCAAGCUUUUGCCACUCAGCCCAUUUACCAAUACAUAACACUACAUAACCAUUCAUAUGCUGGUUAUAACAUUUUCGUGCACAGAAAUCAUAAAUAGCACGCUUUCAUACAUCCAAAAAAUACAAUAUGUACUGUAUUUUUGGUCAUAUAAGGCAUGCUUUUUCUUUAAAAAAGCAUUUCUAGAUUACCCUGUGCUAUACAUGCUGAAGGUCAAGCUUUGAGUAGGGUUGAGCUACUGACAACUAUCAGUACUGUAAAUGAACUCCAAAUGCCUAACACAUUCCUAUGAAUACAGUUUUUUUUCCAAAAAUUCUUUAGAUUGGUUGGCAAUUGAGUAUUAUGAUGUAUUGUAAAUUUAGGUAUAUAGGGGUACCUUGACUUAUGAGUUUAAUUAGUUCUGGGACAGAGCUUCACAACUCAAUUUGCUUGUGUCAAAUAAAUUUUCCCCACUGAAAUUAAUUGAAAUGCCAUUGAUUUGUUCAAGCCCACAAAAACACCAAUUUUUUGUUACAUGUUUUUGAAUACAGAAAACUUUUGAUAUAACAAACCUCUGUUUACCGAAUUUUGGCCAUAGCAACCCCUUUAAGGCUAUCAUACUCUCAUUUUAUUAUUAUUAUUAUGAAUUAGGGUUGUGGGACAGUCAUUGAGCAAUCCUGACCCUGAUGCAAUGUGCUCUCUCUCUCUCUCUCUCUCUCUCUCUCUCUCUCUCUCUCUCUCUCUCUCUCUCUCUCUCUCUCUCUCUCUCUCUCUCUCUCUCUCUCUCUCUCUCUCUCUCUCUCUCUCUCUCUCUCUCUGAGAACAAUCUUGAGGAUUAUUAGAGUGAGACUGAUUCAGAAUAAAAAAUUUACGUAUAUGAGUGUGAAGGAAGGAGAAAAGAUGAAGCAAAAAUUACAUAAAAUGAAUGAAGGGGAAAAAGAGCAAGGUAUCACUCCCUUGUCCAUUAUCUCUGACAGAUAAGGGGAAGAAAGGUUUGAAGAGAGAGGAAAGAAAAAAAAUGGAGGAAAGGAUAGGUGGUGGAUAGGUGAGCAGUGGCUCACAUAGAAGUUGGUGAAUUAGUCUUGCAAGUUUUAGUUUGUUAUUCCGAAUUAAUUUUUAUACUAAAACUUUAAUGCUCACACGAAUGGCGAAUUCAUCUUGCCAGGUGUGGUUCAUUAUUCCAAUUAAAUUUUCAUUAAAAUUCCAGUGCAUUAUUGCAGUUGUAUGUUAUAAUGACUGUGUGUUGUUACAUACCCUACUGUAUGUUUGUUAUUUUGAGUGUUUAUUUUUAGAAAAAUUUAUUUAUAAAUAACAAUAUAAAAACAUAUGAAGUGAACAAGUAAGAUGAAGAAUGCUGGGCAAUUGUUGUAGAGCUCGCUGUGCCCAGUGCCAACUAGCGGCUGAGUAUCUAAAGCUCAUUCGUAUCUUGGAUUUUGGCUCACAACUCAAAGCAAAAAAUCAUCCAAGUGACAGCCCAUAUUUAAAAAAAAAUCAUAAAUUGGGGCACUCAUAAAUCAGUGUACCACAGUAAAUGUCUAAUUAUAGUAAUAAAUUACAAAUAUACUUAUUCAUUACAUAAUAAGUAAGUCUUUGUCCUCAGUAGCUGUUCAAUAAGGCCACAACUUGCACCAUCAUCUUUGUUUAUGGUGAUGGCACAUACUACUUAAGCAGUGUUGUUAGCAAUGUGUUAGGGAUGGUAGUUAGUAAUGUCAGCAGUGGAGAUUGAUAAUAUUAAUUGUGAUGCUUGGUAAUUACCUACCAUGAUACCCUACUAAAAGGGUUAGUUAAAAUUUUCUUGAUUCUUGUACAUGAAAAACUUUAUAACUAACAUAUGAAUGGUUAUGAAUUGUUAUUUAGUUUUAUGUACCGGUAAAUGGGCUCAACAGCAAAAGUAUGAGAUUCUGCUAUGGGCUGUUGGGUCAGAUGCAGUUAUUUAUUUAUUUAUUAUUUAUUUUUAUUUUUUUUUUCUCAGAUUAUGGCUGCCAAAAUUUUUUGGGGGGUGCAUCUUAUAUGCUUCUGUACCUUACAUGCCUGAAAAUAUGAUAAUACAAAAAGAUAAGAAUUUGUUUUCUUUGUGUAAUUUUCAUAAGAUUAGUAGAUACAUCACACUAUUUAUAUGCACAGAGCAUAUAAAUUUGGUUUUUGCAGUCUUUUGCAAUUUUGCAGUCUUUUUAUAAAUUUUCAAUUUAGCCAGGUAUAUAGCUGGUAUUUUGUUCCCCCUUUUUUUUCUUUUCUCUCUCCUUCUUGGAUCUUCUUGGAUAGUUUUCCAUACUUUUAUGAAAAGUCAAGUUUGAAUAAAAUAAAAUUUUUAUAUGAAAAGAAUGUUAUCUGAAAAGGUUUUCUGAAUGUAUGUUUUAGAUGAGGUCUUUUUUUUAUGAUGUCCAGAUUUCAAGUCAAUGAGGUAAUGACAUCUUACAUGAGAUAAAUGGCAACUUUCUUAGACAUUUGUAAAUAUGUAUAUAUUUAGUCAAAAAUUAUACUAGGUAUAUUUUAAGAUUCAUGAUUUAUCAUAGAUAAGAACAUUUGUUACAUUUGUUUGAUGUAUUUUUAAAUAAAUAUUUUCAUCAUA